UCGCGCCAGAUAUUUCGAGUGCUGCUUCCACCACCUAUGAAUUUACCUAGUCUCAGUCACAGCACACGCCCGGUGCAGCCGGCCGCAUCGCUCAAUUAAUAUAAACGAUAUUGUUUGCUCUGAGACCGUAUCCGGAAAUAUUGCAGUUUAGCGUCCCCAGUUACGUUUGGUAAAGUUAUGGUUUUAAUGGCCCGACAGCAAAUGAAAUAGUGAAAAGUUAACGUUAAAAUAAAGUUCAUUAGCUGUGUGCUUCAUGUGUUUAAUUAAGUGCGUAAAACACAGCUAUCAUACAAUUUGCAUACUCGAUGCCAGGCGUUAACCACAGCGGUCGACGAGACUACGACUAAUAGAAGGUUGUAAGAUAGAAGAUCGAGGAAUAAAAUCAUGAGUGUAGAGGAUACUAGCACGAAUGUCAUACAUGGGUGGGGUUGCACUCCCACUGGUGACCAUCCACCAGCAACCGCCACUUCUGAGAACAACUCCUCAAAAGGAUGCCUGCCCUCAACUUUCACGAAGGGCUGGAGAAGAACCACCUUGUACAGCAUUCUGAUCUUCUUGAUGGUACUUAUAUUCCUUAACAUUGGUCUCACAUUGUGGAUUAUCGGCGCUUUAAAGCUGACUAUGAAUGGCGUUGGCCCCAUAAGAAUAGUAAGAGGUGGGAUUCAUGUAGAUGGUCAGACAUGGGUGCUAGAUAACUUGGUGGCAUCGACCAUCACCUCACAAACGGGGCAACCCAUCUCUAUCCACUCACAUCGUAACUUUACCGUGCUGGUUGCUGAGCCGGACCAACCGAAUUAUUCGAAGCUGUUCAUCAAGCGUGAUAACCUUGAGUUCAGCGGUCGUGCAUUGCAUGUGAACGAUGCACGAGGCAGUCCCGUAUUCUCUGCAUCGCGGGAUGAAGUGAGGAUAUUCUCUGAUUCGCUAGCUGUUGAUGGACCUGGCGGAGUCAAUAUUAAGACUGCUGUCCAAGUGCCUGUAGUACGAGCACCACCGGCCUUUGACUUACAUCUGGAAUCCCUGACAAGACGAUUAGACUUAAGGGCACCAGAAAAUAUAUUCAUUGAUAGCAGAGCUGGAAAUAUACAAAUAACUUCACAUGGGAACAUCAAAUUAGAUUCUGUCGUCGGUAACAUAAAACUUAAUGCUCAAAAUAUAGUGAUCAAUAAUUUAAAAGAAGCAAUUAGGACUGAAAAGCCUAAUAAAAAUAUAAGAGGCAUGAAAGUAUACCAAUUGUGUGCGUGUGCAACGGGGAAACUAUUCCUGGCAGCUCCGGACGCGCCAUGCAUCGCGCGCGAUGACGACACCGAACUCUGCCGAUGAUGCCCGAAGAUAGCCGAGUGUAUAGUGAAAUAGUGAUGCACCUCAUAGC